ACAGCAACUAGCGCAUAUUUAAAUUCACCUCUGUGUUUCAGAUCAUAAAGUGAGGAAUAAUUAACUGGUACCUUGUUAUCCUACCUCUUUACGUUUGGUAUUUUGAAACACUCGUUUAAAGUUGUGUAUCUGUUGAAUCGUUUCUUUCGCAUCCCUGUUGAAUCAUUGCUUCUUCGAAACAAAGACACAAGUGAAGAAAAAGAUUUUUUAAUUCUAUUUCCUGCUGUGUCUAUUAUUGAAAGCUGUUAAGGACAACGCUGAAUGAAGGAAAUAGAAGUGUGAAAUUGGUAAAGAUAAGUUCCUUCAACAUUUGCAGCUAACUGAACUUUCAUCAAGUUAAAACUUGUUUGGAUCUAAUCCGAAGAUUUAUUCCAAUGCCAAUUCAAGCCAUUUGAUCAAGCUGGACAAUACACUCAGACGAUGAUUAAUGAUCACUUAUUUGAUUAUUCACAGGUUUCUUUGACGUAUACAGAUACGCCCAAAGUCAAAGGUUUUAGAUUGUACAAUGUACUUUCUCAUCCUUGUGUUUUGGUAUUCUUCCACUUCUUUAUUUUGACUAUUUGUGAUGAUGGGAAUGUCAUUUCAUAUAGUACAAAUAUGAAUCAACAGAAUAUUUUAAUUCCAAUUUCAAUAAAGACUUCAGACGUGUUUCGGAGUACAGCUACUUGUUCCUUUCUUAAAACACCUACCGCCUCUGAUACGAAUGGUUUGUUCUCAGAAAUGUUGUUAUCAGAUUCUAAUCCAAGUGGAACCAUCACUUUCCGAUGCUCUCAAGCUGGCCAUGCAAUUCUUUUCUUCUGUCAUGAUAAAUCCAAUUCGAGUAUUUUGUUCUCAACUAAAAGUUUGAUCCAGUGUAGAAAACCUCCUGUUGUAUCAGUUGGUCCAAAGACAAUUCGUCUCCUGAAGAAACCAACUCCUUUUAAUCAGCGACUGAUUGUUAUAACCAGUCAGAUUGUUUCAGAAAGCAACAUUAUCGUGACAUGUCUGAAGAAAGAUGAAUCAGAUAUAUCAGUUUCGAUAAACCCUAUCACUGUAUAUUCUGGAACGUCAAAUGGAGUUGUGUCUGUUGCUAUUCAGUCAUUUUCCAAUGCUCAAUCGUUUACUAUUUCAUGUAGAGCACAAUCAAUUAAUGGUAGUCAGUAUAUGUCGGCAACAUCUGAGGGAAGCAGUUCAUCGAUCUCAUUAAUUAAUGGAGAGAUUAUCCUUACACCUAAUGAUGUGAAUUUGUAUAGUCUACAGUUUCAGGUUUUAUUGUUUCUGAAUGGAUUAAAUCAAGAUUUAGGAGUCCUUUGUAGCGUUAGUGUGGCUAACAAUGAAACACAAGCCAAUAAUUUACUGAGUGAUAAUACAUGUGGAACAGCAUCAACUAAUGUUGCAACUUCAAACAACUGGUCUAUAACACCUUCUUUAAACGAAUUUAAGGCAUCAUCAAUAUCAAGUCGUACAGAUUCACUUACACGUUUACUUACGGUGAAACGUAACUCAUAUCCAACAAACGAAUAUGAUAAUACAAUGGAAAUAUUAAUUUUAAAAUGUUGCAGUACUACAAAAAAUGCUACAAUGGAUCCAGCAUUUGCUAAUAUUGUAACAACAAGUCGAAUUAAUGUUCUACUUAAAUCUCGUUUAAUUAUUAAUAAAGGUGAAGAAUUACCAACAGAUCAAACAUUUCCCUAUCCUGAUCCUGUAUGGACGCAAAUUUCUCCUUGUCCCUGUGACCUAACCAUAAAUACAUGUGACCUUGGAUGUCCAUGCGAUAACAUGUGUCCUGUCAAUCAGUCUACAGUCAUGUCAUCAAGUUUUUUUGGAGGUUAUUUCAAUCUUCCAAAUGAUCAUAGCUGUGAUGCAAUGUUAGAUCGAAUUGAAAAUGAAGAAAAUAAAAUUGAUUUAAUUAAUCGAGGUUUCACAAGAUUACCAGAUUAUCAUCCACUUCUAUGUGUUACUGUUGAUAAUAGUGCAGUUCUUGGAAAAUAUCACAGUUCACUUUCACCUGCUCGUACUCUUAAUGACUUUAAUAAGAAUACUAAAAAUGCUAAAACUGAAUAUCCAUUAGAUCAAAUUAAUGAUUUGGAUGUUCGAGAAGUUAUUGUUGAUCAAAACAAUCAAAAACAACGUUUAUAUACUAAUGGUGAUCCAUUACUUUUAAUGGUACAGCCGGUAAUUUUAACAACUUCAGAUGAUCCAUCUAUUCUCGUUAGUCAAUAUAAUGAGUAUUUUGUUUUACCCAAUGAAAUGAACUGUGAUUUAGAAUCAAAUAUUCCCGUAGAAUAUCUUUCUGAUCGAAUUACUUAUAGAUGUCCUAUUGUUUUGUCAGUCAUACAAUGUCAAGACGCAAUCAAUAUAAAAAACAAUAUAGGGAUUGGCUGGGGACCGAGAACACUAUUGGAUCGUUUAUUUGCACGUGCUUAUUUAAUUGAUGAUUUAGCAAUAUCAAGAAAUUCUGAAUCAAUAUUUCGUUUACGCAUGAAUCGUUUACGAGAUGAUACACCAGUCCCAGUAAAGGUGGAUUAUUUUUGUUUAAAGCAAAAUGAAUUACAGAACUUUACAAUGUCUUCUCAGUCAAAUGUUAAUGUAGAUCAAAUAAAUCAAACCGGUUUUUUCAAUCAUAACUGUACAUAUAAUGCAACGUCUAAAUCGACUUCAUGUAUUCCAUUACAAAAUUCAGUGAAGUCAAAUUACUUAGUCCCAACUACCUGUCCUUGGCAUAAUGCUUUCGAUCUUCCACCUGACAUUGAUUUAUCGAAUAAUAUAUGCAACAAUGUCGUAAUGAAAGUGGAUUAUAAAUUUGUAUGGUCCGAUGGAAGUAUACAAGAAGCAUUAGCUCAAGUAUAUAUGGCCAACUUACCUGUAACUAGCACUGAAAUAACAUAUUAUCAGGAAUAUUCUGUCAAAUUUAUUCAUACUACUGAAGUAGACAAUGAAAUUGACACAAAGCUACCGUCACAUCUUUAUGGUUAUGAGUUGGAUGAUUUAAUUGUAACUGGUCAAGUUACAUCAUCUUCUAUUCAACGUUUCCUAGUUCAAACGGAUGAUGAAACUAAUAUCAAAUCAGGUGUUAUAAGAACUGGCCCAGAUAUGUUAUGUGAAAAUUCAGAAAUCGAUCAGCUUAAGUUUGGUAAAACUGUGAUCACUUCCUGUCGUGUUCUUUUGGGUCUUAACGAUUUUAAAAAUUGCGAUAAACUAAGAAGUCUUAUUAUUGCACGAUUAAAUCUAUUUAUGCCAAGUGAAGUAAUUGCAACCUACCCACAAGCAUCUAAAACUUCACCAGAGGAUUGGAUUUUUAUACACAGAAAUGAUCCUGUUUUACAAUUAUCAACUGGAAACGAUAAUACAUCUUCUCUCAUUUCAUCAAUUGGCUUCUGUCCAAAUAUAACAUCUACUAUGUAUUUAAAAAUAAUCUCUGCAAUUCAAGGCAAAUUACAAGGUAUACCAUUAAGACAAAUUAUAUCUGCAUCAAUUGAAUAUUCACAAGAAGAUUGGCAAUUAAUAUGUGAUUACACAAUAUAUCCAUCAUUCUGUAGAAAUUCAACUAUCUUAAAUGAUGUACAAUAUUUUUAUCUUCGUAUAAUUGUUAUACAUUCUGAUAUAUCAGAUAAAGAAGAACAAUUAAUGAUAAAUGAACAAUUAAAUUGUGAUUUAGAUAAUUGUUGGAAUCAUGCAUUCUAUGCUUGGACAGGAUUAAUUAAAUUCUAUCAAUUAGCUGGUAAAUAUGAGCAAACAUUUGAAAUUGGAGUAACAUUAGGUAUAUCAAGUUUGAUUAUCAUUAUUUUAUUUAUAACUAAACCUUUCUUUUGAAAAGAAUAUGUAAAUAUCCUUUUGACAUAUUGUCUUCCAUCUAAUGUAUGAUGUUAAUUCUAGACUGUUUCUUUGUAGUUUUAUUAUGUGAUUACAUUAGAUUACAUUGUUAUAUAUGUGUAUGCUUUAUAAAAAACUGAACUUAGGAUAACAAAAGAAUAACUUUCUUGUCA